GGGAAAAUGGAGGUCUUGGCAGCCUGGCUGUGGAACGAGCGCUUCUGGUUUCCGGCCAACGUGACCUGGGCCGAUUUGGAGCGAGAGAACGACGGGUACCGCGCCGUCCACCUCCUGGCGGCGCUCCCGCUAGCGGCCGGCCUUUUGGUCUUAAGGCACUUCUUCGAGAGGUUUAUUGCCAAACCCUGUGCUGUGCAUGUUAACAUUCAAGACAGUGGACCUCACAGACAGCAACCCAAUGCAAUUUUAGAAAAAGUGUUUACCUCCAUCACUAAAUAUCCAGAUGCAAGACGAUUAGAAGGUUUAUCAAAACAGCUAGACUGGGAUGUCCGAAAAAUCCAGCGGUGGUUUCGUCACCGGAGGAACCAGGAUAAACCAAGCACCCUUACAAAGUUCUGUGAGAGCAUGUGGAGGUUUACAUUUUAUUUAUGUAUUUUUACAUAUGGAUUCAAUUUUCUUUGGUUGUCACCCUGGUUUUGGGAUACACGACAAUGCUGGUAUAAUUAUCCUCAUCAGCCUAUAACAUCUGACAUUUACUACCAUUAUAUCAUCGAAUUGGCCUAUUACUCGUCUCUUUUGUAUUCACAGUUUACCGAUAUUAAGCGAAAGGAUUUCUUCAUGAUGUUUGUCCAUCAUGUGGCUGCUGUUGGACUGCUCAUCUUCUCCUACUUAAACCACAUGGUGCGAGUAGGUACUUUGGUCAUAUGUCUCCAUGAUUCAGCAGAUAUAUUAUUAGAACUUGCAAAGUUGUUCAACUAUGCGAAGUAUCAGCGACUCUGUGAUGCCACUUUUAUAAUAUUUAGUGUAGUGUUUCUUAUUACCCGCUUGGGGUUUUUUCCUAUUUGGAUACUGAAUUCUACAAUGUUUGAAAGCUGGAAACUAAUUGGCCCCUACCCAUCCUGGUGGUUGUUCAAUAGCCUUCUCUUAAUUAUACAAGUAUUACAUAUCAUCUGGUCCUACUACAUCAUUCGCAUUGCCUACAAAGCUGUGGCACGAGGAAAGGUAUCAAAAGAUGAGCGCAGUGAUGUGGAGACCAGCUCUGAUGAUGAUGAUGUGACUUCAAACAACAGAAAAGGAAUUCUUAAUACUCCAAGCAAUGAUCGCAAUCGGAUAAAUGGCCAUGUAAUUAGUGACCAAUGGGCAGAAGAGUAAAAACGGGACAGCUGCCCCCACUCUAAAGAUUUGAAUUCAAAUACCUAGAAAUGCCCCCAGUUACAAGAAAUUUUUAAUCAACUGCCACAUCACUCCCAAAUCCUCCAGCGAAUCUGAAACAGGCACAGCAUGGGCAAUUUUGCACAGGAUGAAGAAGCUGAUUACUAGUGCAAACCCUUUUUCGACUUUAACUUUUAAAAGAAAAUAAGCCAUUUUGUAUUUAAUGUUUGUUUGAAAUAUGUAAGAGAGAAGGAGAGAAAGUAGACUUCAGAACAUUUUUUCUUUGUUAAGCUUGAUCACUAACGAGUUCUGUCUGCUUUACUACAUUCCAGGAUAUUUGGACAGUCAGUCCAUAUUUCUUGUAGGACCUACUUAUGUCCUAGGAUGCUAAACUGGGCUACACCUAAACAACCUGAGGAUUGUGGUAGAGUGAAGGGUUUGCUUAUUACUGCAUGGCAUAUCAAUGGUAAAAAAAAUUUUCCUCAUGUCAUCUUACUGAGUGAUAAGAAAGAGAAAGCUGGCAUUUAUUAUUUUUCUUGAGUGGUGCAGCAUCUCCAAAGUCUUCAUUGUGCUUUUUUUUUUUUUUUUUUACAAACUCUGGAUUUGAGUUCAUGUAAGAAUUACCAAACAAAACGAGUAGUUUUCAGCGAUAGGAUUAUAGAUAGGGAUGACCAGUGUUUGUUGCUGACUGUCCCAUAAAGAUAAGUUGUGAACGUACCCAUGUUUUGAGAAGAAAAGUGAUAUCCCUGACGAACCUCAAUCUUGCGUGAUACUGCUGGGAAGCAGUGGCUGUCUCAGAAGGACUGGAUGGGUCUCCUGCCCCCACUUGCCUUUUAUUCAACGGUACUUCAAAGGAGAUGGAAGAUGGGGAAGUGUUGUUAGGACUUGGGCUUUGGAAAUCCCCUGAAUUAUCCUCAUUUUAUAUUAUUGUUUACUCUGUGAUUAAAAAGUGCUUGAUGAAUAGGA